AACAAAGCAUCUCGAGAUCCCGCAGCAGUUUGAUCGGUUCUCUGCUUCCGAGCUUCGAGCCGUCUCCAUCGCUAGCUCGACUUGAUCCAUCGUCCAUCCGUACGUACUGUAGAACUAACACAUUCCUAGCUCUAGCUCGCGCCGAGCUUGUUCUUCGAUCGAGUAGCAAACAGCAAUGGCGUCGUCGGGGCUUUCUUCACGCAGGUCCAUCAUGGCUUCACGCCUGACCGCCUCAGCAGAGGCGGUGAACGAGCCGAGGCGGGGUGCCGUGGUUUCACGACGUGUCGAGUACGACGAAGAGUCGCUGGCCGGCGCCGGAGGGGAGUCCCGGUACGAGGUGUUCAUCAACCACCGAGGGGUGGACACGAAGCGCACCGUGGCGCGGCUCCUGUACGACCGCCUGGCGCAGGCCGGGCUCCGGGGAUUCCUCGACAACAUGUCGAUGCGGCCCGGGGACCGUCUGGAGGAGCGGAUCGGGUCCGCCAUCCGGGAGUGCACCGUGGCCGUGGCCAUCUUCUCCCCGAGCUACUGCGACUCCGAGUACUGCCUCCGGGAGCUCGCCAUGCUCGUCGAGUCACGCAAGGCCAUCAUCCCCAUCUUCUACGACAUCAAACCAUCUGAUCUCCUGCUCCCGCAGGCCGUCGCCGAUUCUGAGGUCUACCUCCCCCGUGACCUCGAGCGGUUCAAGUUCGCCCUCCGUGAGGCCAAGCACACUGUUGGCAUCACCUACGACUCCGCCACAGGGGACAUGGCGGAGCUGGUGUCAGCGGCAGCCGACGCGGUGAUGUACAACAUGGAGAAAAUGGAGACUGUGCAGAGGAGGGAGACGAUGAUCCUUUCAAGGCUCUAAUUUUGAAGCGGAAAUCAACGGACUACUACUAAUACUAUUCAGCGAGCGAAGCCAGCGAACCGGCUUUUCAACUCAGGAAUAAUUUAACAGAAUAAUCGGGAGGGGACAUAUUAACAACAAACCGUUAACAUGCAGGGGAUUCAUUUGUUCUUUUUUUUAUCUCGUUAAUUAGUUCUUUUCGGUAAAUUAAUCAGAAUAGGGUCGGUGCAUAGAUUUGCCGGUGUAUAGUACAAAUGUAAGCUGUACGAUCGACUGAUCGUGUGCCUCGUUCAGAUUUUGCAAAUAAUGACGGGCAUAUGUAUGUACAUAUAUACAUUGCACAAACUGAAAUAAA